AUGGCAGACAUGGCAGAUUUUGUGGGUCAGGAGCCACAUCCAGUUGAUGGUGACCUGUUUAAGGAACCGAUGAAAAAAAGAAGACGAUCCGAUAGAGACCAGCGGUUCCGAGCAUUUCCCUCCGUAGAACAAAGCGCUCUUAAGGAAUAUGAAAAGCUGGAGUCACGGACCAGAAGGGUUUUGAGCAACACUUACCAGAAACUUAUUCAGUGUGUCUUCCUGGAUGACAGCAUUCCGAAUGGACUCAAGUAUCUCAUAAACAGGCUUCUUGCUUUGAUUGAAAAACCGUCAUUGGACCCAAUCUACAUUGGAUUAUUUGGAAGCACCGGGGCUGGGAAGAGCUCCCUGAUCAAUGCCAUCAUCCAGCAAGCAAUGUUUCUACCAGUGUCUGGAGAAAGUAUAUGUACGUCAUGCAUUGUACAAGUGAGCUCAGGCUGCUGUGAGCAGUAUGAGGCCAAAAUCCACCUUCUCUCUGACCAGGAGUGGAAGGAGGAGCUGAAGAACUUGACUAAACUCCUGCACAGGACAGAGGAGCUGGGCCGAGAAGAGGCGGAUGUGUGGGACGGGGAUGAUGCAGUGGAGGAAGCCAUCUGGAAGCUACAAAUGCUUUAUGGAAAUGGGGCGGAAAGGAAGACCUAUGAGGAAUUACUAAGAGCAAAGCCCAAAGGAAAGAUUCCCACCUCUAGAAUCAUCACCCUCAAGGCAGAAGAGGCAGGAGAGCUGUCUGUCAAGCUGGACCCCUACAUCAGGACUAAGAGGAGAGACUGGGAUGGAGACUCAGCGGAGUCACAAAUCUGGCCCUUGAUCAAACAUGUGGAAGUGACUCUUCCCAAAUCAGAGCUGAUUCCAGAAGGGGUCGUGCUGGUGGACAUUCCAGGCACAGGGGACUUCAACAGCAAGAGGGAUGAGAUGUGGAAAAAGACCAUUGAUAAAUGCUCAGUGAUCUGGGUGAUCAGUGACAUUGAGAGGGUGUCUGGAGGGAGAGCCCACGAAGACCUUCUGAAUGAGAGCAUCAAAGCCUGCCAGCGGGGUUUCUGCAGGGACGUUGCCCUGGUGGUCACCAAGACCGACAAACUCCACCUGCCGGAAUAUCUAAGGGAAAGGAAAGUGGGAAAUCAAGCUAUUCAAAGUCAGCGAGAAGCUGUUUUAGAAAGAAAUGAAAUGAUAAAACUACAAAGGAAUAGAAUUCUCAAGGAAAAACUAAAGAGAAAAUUGCCGGCUGACUCCAAGGUUCUGGAAGCUUCCAAUCUGGUGUACACAGUCAGCGCCCAGGAGUACUGGUGGCAGGCUCUCCUCACUGAAGAGGAAACUGAAAUCCCCAAGUUAAGAGAAUAUAACGAACACUUGCACCUGAGUGGCCUGCGGAGAUUUGUGGAGGAGAAAAUACAGCUGCUGGAGAAGGCCAUCGACCAGUGCUUUGCCCACAUCGCCCGGCCUCUGCAAGAAGGGGUCAGAAAUGCCAGGACUUCCUACCGACGGAUCCUCGGGGCAUGUCUGGUGAGGAGUAGAGGAAACCAAGGUUUUCACCAAACUCUGAAGGCGGUUUGCCUGAAAAACGGCAUCUAUGCCUCCAGGACUCUGGCAAGAAUAGAUCUGAAUGAAGCCAUCACUCAGCCCAUCUACGACCAGAUUGAUCCUGUUUUUGGAGGCAUUUUUAGGACUGGAACGCCCACCGGUUCAGCUUUGAUGCCUCACAUAGAUGCUUUUAAGCACUCUCUCCAGGAGAAAAUGACGGAAAUUGGGAUAAGAAAUGGCUGGAAACAUGAUAGCUACAAAAAAAGUUUCCUGAUCCAGGAGAUAAGCGCCAUCCUGGGGGGCCUGGAGGGCCACAUCCUCCGGAAGAAGAGGAGGAUCUAUGAGUCGCUCACCAGCUCUGUUCAGAACGACCUGAAGCCCUGCUACGAAGAAGGACCAUCCUGUUUUGUGCAGCAUGGAAUCACGGAGAAGGUGAAGGGCAGUAUCGCCACCAUGCUGACCCUUGCUUCAUCCCAGGGGGAUGGUCUCUACAAGGAGCUUGCAGACGUCAAAAGUGAGUACAAGGAGAUGGAAAAGCUGCACAGGAGCCUGCGGGAGGUUGCCGAGAACGCAGUGCUCCGGAGAGGCAUGCAAGACUUCCUCCUGAGAAUGUCCCCCAGCAAAGCUGGCCCCCCCAGAACAUAA